AUCUAGAAUGUAUAAUUAUGUGUCUAGAUAACAUUCACAUAGUAUUAUUGUCUAAAAAGGAAGUAUUAGUACAUGUAUGAUGUGCUUAAUCAGAAGUUGGAUUAUUUGUGUGUUUUGUUUUGGACUCGUAUUGUAUUCAGAUGCGUUAUGGUGUUACCAAUGCGGUGAUAGCUCGAUCGAAGGACCAUGCGUAACAGACACAGCCGGCAUGGAAGCCGAGUACAUCAGACGGAAUGCUUCUAUCAAAGACCCGGAUAAGGAUGAGAAUAAAGCACCAUACAAAUAUUUAAAGGAUUGUUCAAACACGAGUGAAAUCUGUAUUAUAGAAAGAAUUGAAGAACAGGGACAAACGCAUGCAUAUAUAUAUAUCUACGUGACUGUCACACUACCGGAAGGAGCUACUCGAUUCAAGAUCCGAGGUUUAAUGACCUUGACCCUAUUCUCAAUCACACAACGUGCAUAUAUGAAAGGGGAUCUAGUAAGAGAUUGGUGUGUGUAA